GAACCAUGAAUCUGGGGUGAUCUCCAUCUGCUCACACUCGCCGUUUCUCUCCUGUCCCCCGUCUCCGUUCGUACCGACCGCCCCCCUUCAGCUCGUCACCCGACCUCGGUACCUUCAAAGUCAACAAUCGGCAUCACCGUUCAUGUUGAUGUUCAGCCUCGGGCUGUACACUUUGUCGAUUCUCUAGCUGCUUCCGCUGUUGCUGCUGCUGUUGGUCUGAUCUACUUCAUCGCUCAGCUCCAUCAUCAUGUCUGUCAACGGCCACCACACCGCAUACAGUCCGACCUCCGUGUCGUCAUCCGCGUCUCACGGUCUGUCCCACCACAACAAUAUCCUGACGGCAUCCAUCACCUCGUCCACAUCAUCCCGGCAUCCCUCAGCAAUCUCAAAAACCUACCGCCAAGCUUCAACGCUCUUCCUCACGCGUCGUCUUCCCGAAGCUCUAACAACUCUUCUCCCACUCAUAACUCCACCCGAAGCUAUCGAUGAUGGCGAACCUGCACCAGUCACACGUGCCUCGAGGACAACGCGCGUCAAGGUCUGGAGCUUGUACCUGACCAUCCUCAAUGCCAUCAUCGAGUUGGAACCCGAGGAGGGUAAGGAUGCCUUUGGAAACCAGGAGUGGAGAGCCUUGUGCACCAAGGUUCGGGAAGGAGAGAUCUGGGACGAGGUCGCCAAGAAUGGUUACCACGGCGUUGAGGGUGACGUCGAUUCGGAUGUUGUUAUUAACUUGGCGACAUUGCUACUCGCACACGCUCGCGACCAGACCCUUAACCAGCACAAGCUAGAGGCUUAUCUAGCCACAACAAACACCCCCGACCUCGACGUCGCGGGUCGGCUUGCCGAAUCGCCGAGUUCGCGAAUGUCCAAUCGGUACCGAUCUCCGGCCAAGGGAGCGAGCGGCGCCGACACCCCCAGAGACCUCAACGCCCGAGUUAAGAUUCUCGAGCUAUACACAUUACACGUACUCUUGCGAAACAAUGAAUGGGACUAUGCCCGCGAGUUUAUCAGCGCUAGCCCCGUCUUGGAUGAAGAGCGUCGCGAAGCGUUCCUCCAGGCAUUGCAAAGUCUCCAUGAGGAGCAACAAGAGCAUGAGAGGCUUGAGAAGGAGGAGCGUCAACGCCAGGAGGAUGAGCUGCGGAAAGAAAUCGAGGAAGCCAAGAGGCUACGUGCUGAGAAUGAAGAGAAGGAGCGGAAGAGGAUAGAGGAGGAGCGCGCGAAGCGCGAAGGGAGCGAAGUUGACUAUGGAAUCGACGAAACUCGAACCAAGCCAGCCCGACCAGCGACAGCGAGGUCAAACGGCAAGGCCGUCCCGAAUGGCAAGGCAAUCUCUCAACCGCCCACCCUUACCUCUCGUGCGUCUAUGGUUAUCACACGGCUACGCACCGUUAUCGAGAACCUGGGGUCUACGCUCAACGCCAACCCCUCGCUCGUGUUCAAAUUGUUGGCGUUCAUUAUGGGUUUCAUUCUAAUGUUUGGUCAUGCUGGCCUUCGUGAACGGGUCAAGAGGAUACUAGCGGCCUCUUGGAAUAAGGUCAAGGCGACAGCUGGGAUGGGAGUAAAGGUCAGCUAUAUCUGACCGCUUUCUACUGUUGUAUUAUUUAGUGUCCAGCCGUUAUAAGGAGUUUUGGUAUGGGACCUAGUAUUUCAAAACCAGAUAUGAUAAUCACAGCUAAAUUCUGUAUCCUGUCAU